GCGACUACUCUGGGCGCAUGCGCAGCGGGGCCGUGGGUGUGCGCGGCGUACGGCACCGCGCCAGUCCUGAUGCCAUCAUGGGUGGUUCGGCGCAGCUGGUGUUCCUGCUGUCGCUCCUGGUGAGCUCGUGGCUCGGGCUAGGAAAUGGACAGGCUGCUAGGAUGGUCCAACUGCCAGGUGGGAGAUUCCUGAUGGGAACAAAUUCCCCAGACAGCAGAGAUGGUGAAGGGCCUGUGCGGGAGGUGACAGUGAAACCCUUUGCCAUUGACAUAUUUCCCGUCACCAACAAAGAGUUCAGGGAUUUUAUCAGGGAGAAGAAGUAUCGGACAGAGGCUGAGAUGUUUGGAUGGAGCUUUGUCUUUGAGGAGUUUGUCUCCGAUGAGCUGAGAAACAAAGCAACCCAGCCAAUGAAGCCGGUACUCUGGUGGCUUCCAGUGGAAAAGGCAUUUUGGAGGCAGCCUGCAGGUCCUGGCUCUGGCAUCCGAGAGAGGCUGGAGUACCCAGUGUUACACGUGAGCUGGAAUGACGCCCGUGCCUACUGUGCUUGGCAGGGAAGACGGCUGCCCACUGAGGAAGAGUGGGAGUUUGCUGCCCGAGGGGGCUUGAAGGGUCAGGUUUACCCAUGGGGGAACCGGUUCCAGCCAAACCGCACCAACCUGUGGCAGGGAAAAUUCCCCAAAGGGGACAAAGCUGAGGACGGCUUCCAUGGAGUCUCCCCCGUGAAUGCUUUCCCUGCCCAGAACAACUACGGGCUCUAUGACCUCCUGGGCAACGUGUGGGAGUGGACAGCAUCUCCAUACCAGGCCGCUGAGCAGGACAUGCGCGUCCUUCGGGGGGCAUCCUGGAUCGACACAGCCGACGGCUCUGCCAAUCACCGGGCCCGGGUCACCACCAGACUCUCGCUCUGUUGCCCAUGCUGGAGUGCGGUGGUUCAGUCUGGGCUCACUGCAGCCUCAAGUUGCCAGGCUUUGGCGUUCCUCCCACCUCAGGUCCUCAAGUAUCUGGGACUACAGGAUGGGCAAUACUCCAGAUUCAGCCUCAGACAACCUGGGCUUCCGCUGUGCAGCAGACACAGGCCGGCCGCCGGGGGAGCUGUGAGCAGCUGGGUGGUGACAAGGAGAAAAGCCCUUUAGGAUCACUGUCAUUCCCUGGCCAUGUUGCAAACACAGCCUAGGUCCAAGCUCAGGAGCUUCAGCCUCAGGAAGAAACCUCCCCUUUCCUGUCUCCCAUCCCUCUGUGGCAGGCAUCUCUCACCAGGGCAGGAGAGGACUCAGCCUGCUGUGUCUUGGAGGAGGGGCCUAAUGUGUUGGUGGUGGCUGGGAGCUCCGAGUUUGUCUUUGAAGCCAAGUAUUAUCGACACAGGGGCAAACACACAAACAAUUGAACAGAAGGCUCUGAAGGCCAUUUGUUAAACGUUUUAAAAUCCGUUCUCUCCUACUUUCUCCCUAGAUGAUUAUGAAGCUGACAUUGUUUCCUCAAGGCAGGAUUUUCGUGGUUCUGUUUGUUUUCCUGGCCAAUUGCUGUGGAAGGAGAAUGCUUUUUUCAUGGC